AUGAUUCCCAUUCCUGCGACGCAGUUCCUGCCGCAGACAGCAGCGGACAUCCCGCAACACUUGUACGCUCCUACCCAGGACGCAAACACAGGAGGGGCCAAGACUGCAGACGACCAGUGCGGAUGCUGCCACAAGAGUCUGUUUAUGAAAGACACAGUGAAGCAAACGUCGUGUGGCCAUCUCUUCCACGCACGUUGCAUCGACAAGUACCUACAGAAGGGACUGUACUGCCCUGUGUGUCAUGUGCAAGUGCUGUUCCCAGCCGUGGUCGCUGGGUCCGUCUACCCGUCCGCUCAAUUGCCUCCACGAGCAGUUCCCGUGGCGACGGCUUUUGCACCUGCAGCGGGCACGCACCCUCGCGACUACGGGACGUGCCGAGAAUGUGGCCAGACGUUCUAUCGGGAUCCGACGAAAGUGCGCCCUGAAACCAACGGGUGGUACCGCUGCCAGCGCUGCGCUCCAACUGACAUUGUCGACUUUAUCCGAGGCAGUUUCUGUGUCCUGCAGUGA